CGUAUGCUAAAACAUAGAACAACGUGUUCAAUCCAUAUUUCACAUUCAUAAAAUAAUUUUCAACGAUUAAACUGUCUGAUAAAAUGUAAUAAAGGAAAAAAAACGAACAAUUACGUGAUUCGAAGUUGGAUAAUAUCGAGCUUCUCUUGUAAAUAAAGGUGGGGAGAGGCAAAGAAAACCGAAUGUGGGGCUGCAUCGAUGAUCGUCCAAGGAAAUAUUGGGCCAACGUUAUGCCUUCUCAGUUUAUACCGAGCUCGCCGUUCAGCGAAUAAAAGUUUGCCAAAAUUGGAAACUUUAGUUAAAUACAAGACGAUGGCAGAAUCAAAGACGGAGGACAUCCCCGAUAGAAUAGCGGAAACAUUCGAAGGGCAGAACAUUCUAAUCACCGGUGGGACUGGUUUUCUUGGCAAAGUCGUCAUCGAAAAAUUACUCAGAUGUGUACAAAACACGAAACAAAUUUACAUGUUGAUCAGAACGAAGAAGGAAAAGGAUCCGAAACAUCGUUUGGAGGAAAUCUUCAAUUCGCCGCUUUUUGAGAAAGUGAAGAGACAAAGGGGUGCAGAGAUACUUAAAAAAUCAGUAACUGUUAUAAGUGGAGAUGUAUCGUUACCUGGGCUUGGAAUUUCCUCAGAAGAUAGAAAGAUGCUUUGUGAAAAGAUAAAUAUCGUGUACCAUGCAGCUGCCACAGUACGAUUUGAUGAAUUGUUGAAGAAAGCAGUAUUAUUGAACACACGUGGUACAAAGCAAAUGUUGGAAUUAGCCAAGGAGAUGAAACAUCUGAAACUGUUUGCUCAUAUCAGUACAGCAUAUUGUCAUCUUGAAGAAAAGAUUUUAAGAGAGAAACCAUAUCCACCACCUGCAGACCCUCAUAAAAUAAUCAAAUGUGUUGAAUGGAUGGAUGAUGAUGUAGUUGAAGCUAUGACAGAUAAAAUUUUAGGACACCUUCCCAAUACAUAUGCCUUUACCAAAGCUUUGUCCGAAAGCUUGGUUGAAGAAGCAAUGCCACAUAUUCCAGCAAUUAUAUUAAGACCAAGUAUAGUUAUACCUAUAUGGAAAGAACCAGUGCCAGGAUGGACAGACAAUAUCAACGGUCCGACAGGACUUUUAAUUGGUGCUGGUAAAGGCGUUAUUCGAACAAUGUAUUGUAAUGACAGUAGUUAUGCAGAUUAUCUUCCUGUUGAUAUUGCAGUAAAUGCAAUUCUUGCCAGUUCUUGGAAUUUUAUAUAUUGUAAGGACCAUGAAAAGAGAGUUUAUAAUCUUACAAGUAGCAGUGAAUUUAAGGUAUCAUGGGCAGAGAUUAUUGCCAGAGGUCGAAGAAUAACAGAAAAGGUACCUUUGAAUGGGGUUGUUUGGUACCCAGGUGGCAGUAUGAAAAAAUCAAGACUCAUGCACAAUAUAUGUGUUCUGCUCUUUCAUAUGAUACCCGCAUACCUCAUAGAUGGCCUUAUUUUUCUUGCAGGCUAUAAACCAAUUAUGUGUCGUGUACAACGCCGAAUACAAAAAGGCUUCGAAGUAUUCGAGUAUUACGCCAACAACCAAUGGGACUUCGACAACUCGAAUAUAUUUGAACUAAGGAAUAAACUUAAUCCUGUGGAAUAUGAGAAAUAUCAGCUACACGGGAAAGAUAUGGAUAUAGACGCAUAUUUCGAGACAUGUAUACGAGCAGCAAGAAUUUACAUUCUAAAUGAACCACCGGAAACUUUGCCAGCUGCUCGAAGACAUUUGAGGAUCAUGUAUUGGGUUGACGUGAUUACGAAGAUACUUUUCUUCGUGUUACUAAUCUAUAUGGUAGCAUCCUGGAGUGAAAGUUUCAGAGCACUGUUAAUAGGGAGUUGGUUAUUUGUUACUCGAACUCUGUCGCACUAAUUACUGACAUCUAGUUUUUACUACUUUUAGCAAUUUAAAUUUUUUCUACGACCAAAUAAACUAUAAAUUCCCUUUUUUUGUUUAUUGAUCCAUACCUUUUUUUGAAUUAAUUAAAACAGUUCAUAAAAGACAUUGUAUUAUACAAUUAUUUUUUGAAUAAAUGUUUGCAAAUAAGGUAA